AACAGUGUCUUGGACUGUUGUGCUCCUUCAAGUUUUCAUUCUCUACUGUUCGCCGCGCAAGAAGGCAGCACCUACACGUUGGGUCUUUUUUUUUGCGAAUGUAUCUUCUCUCCAAUCUUUACUGGUCCUAUUUUUUUCUGUUUCGUGAGCGAAAAUAAAAAUUCUGCGGAAUAGUGUUUAAAAAUAACACAUUCUCAUGAAGUGAUCUACCACCAUCAGGCAUUAGUCUAGUUCGGUUUGGGUAACUGGUAGUACCGGUUUUCGCGCAAGGGGAUUUUUUGUGGAGUGAUACAUUUGGUUUCGUGUCAAAUCGUCUGCAGUUUUCGUUUGCAGGCAGUGGUUUAUGCGAUACCUACAUAUUAAUCAAUUGGUGUUGUGAUUGGUUGAGUGGCCAAAAUCGGAUUGGCAGAAAGGGAAAUUAUAGCCUUCAAUUACGUGGUACGUGAAUUCGCAGUAAAAUUUCAUAAUUCGUGCAGCCAAUAUUAAGUGUGUCGUACGACGUCAUUGUUAUUACUUUGCAUGAAGAAUGCUGAUCUGGGGCCAAAGUUGAUAGCAAAAUACUAGGUGAAUAGAUUGACGCAUCUAGGAAGAGUGAGUCAACUGUACAUCUGAUUCAGUGCAUUCAAAUAUAAUCAAUAAAACCAACCCAUCUGUAUGCCAGUGCAGCUUGGCCGUUCAAACCAGUUGGAAUUGUAGCAAUUCAUCGACCACUUACUUUAAGUGAUCAAAGCUAGACAAAAUCGAGCAAGGUAAAUAUGAGUGCUCCAUCCGCACCUGGAGGAGGAUAUGCUCCGUACGCUCCAUAUCCACCGAUGGAAGACAAAUCUGGCGGUGGAUACCCUCCAUCAUAUCCACCUGCAGGGCCACAUGACGGUGGCAUGGGAUAUCCACCCGGUCCCGGACAGGCACCCUAUCCACCCGGUCCCGGACAGGCACCCUAUCCAUCCGGUGCCGAACAGGCACCCUAUCCACCUGGUGCGGGGCAGGCAGCGUAUCCACCGAUGGGAGCCUAUCAAGCUCACCCACCACGCUAUUCCAAUUUGGAUGAACCGGUUUCCAAGCAACCGAAAUCACAAGCGGCUCUGUACCAGCAACAGCAACAACCGUUGCUUCCAGCCCAUCCGGUCGGCUUGGAGUAUCUGCUCGAUGUGGGAACGAUCCGAUUCAAACAGGAGGUCCACGUAACGCAGAUCAUCUGUAGUUGCGAUAUGCCGAUAGAGUUUGAUCUGAUCAACGAAAACGAUCAGAUCAUAUACCAAGUUCAGGAACGUGAGAAUUUGUGUCUUCGAAAUUGUGUUCCUCAAGGAUUCCGCACCCAGUCGGUGGUCAGCAAGACGAGCAAUGCUCCUGUCCUGUGCUUCAAGAGGGAGGCACGAUGCGUCUUUAAUUGUUGCUUGCCGUGUUGUUGCUUCCCGCUGCCUUUCAGCCGGGAACGACUGAACGUUUUCGGUGACGCCGGUGAUAAGCUGUUGGGUGUGGUUCAACAGGAUUUUUGCGCUUGGAGAUCGAGUUUCAGCAUUUUGGAUGUCGCUGGAAAUGCAGUGCUGCGCAUCAAGGGUCCCGGGUGUAACUUUACGUGUUUUAACGAUGUUGAAUUUCAGAUCGUAUCUCUGGAUGGUGUCCAAGUUGGAAGUAUCGUGAAGCACUUUACCGGACUUAUCCGCGAGGCGUUAUCGGAUUUCGAUAAUUUCACAAUCCAAUUUCCACGAGAUAUGGACGUUGGGACAAAGGCUACGUUACUGGGAGCUGUUAGUUUGAUUAAUUUCUUGUUCUUCCAAGGAUCUUCAAGAAGACUUAUAAAAGAUAUUCCUUUGCUUUGCUCGUUGAGUGCUACGUAGACAGUUUUUUUUUUGGAUUUUUGCCCCCUUUCCCCCUGCGUAGAAAAUUGUCAAUAGACAAUUUUUAAAAUUUGUACGGGAUGUGGAUAAUUGCCAAUUGCCAAACUGUCUACGUAGUUAACAAACAAACGUGUUUGAAUAAACGAUUGAAUGUCAUAAAAUUCAUGAAUACCUUAUACAAUGACCUUAUACAAAAGACAAACAGUUGGAACUCUUCAAAACUUUUCAUUCAAAAUAGAGCCAACGAGCUCAGUAUCAAUUCAAUUCUAGAAACAAUAUUGAGAUAGAUAAGUUUUCAGAAACAAAUCUAAAUGUAAGCUAAACUUAUCUUGAUAAACAUAAUUUCUGUCAGCCUUUCAUAUGUGUAUGAACAUCUUUUGAAAGUGUUUAUGGUAAAAUAUCUUAAAGGCUUGAAGGUGUCAUGAUUCAGUUAUUAGAGCUUUUAAUUUUAAUUCAUAUUCACAUGCUGAAUAAAUCACAUACGAAACGUAUUUCUACGAACCUGAAUCAAGGUGGUUUAGAAGCGUAUAAGAACCAUACAUUGUUUGAUCAAAGUAUUCAUUUAAUUUCUUUCCGCUUCAUGUGUUUAAUUUCCUGCAGGGAUAUAUCGCCCUUUUUGGUACUUUUUCAUUACUUUUUAAUGUAGAAUUCUUAUUCUAAAUCCAAUUAAAUUUUCAGUUAACCUGUUUUAAAGUAGAUAGUGUAAUGCUAUUAAUCUCCCUAUUAAAAUUCAAAAUUUUCGCACCGCAGAGCCACACUCUGUGUUUUCACUGAGAAGCGGUUUACCAACUGUAAGCAAAAAUAAAUGAAAAUAUCCAAUACAAAUGAAACAUUAAAUGGUAAGCUACUUCUGUUUAUAUGUACGUUCGUAUACUCAUAGGGUCGGGUGGGGCAAGAAUGCCAUAUGGGGCAAGAGUGUCACCCCUAAAAUUUAAAAAAUAAACAUGUUUUCAAUGCUAAUUCACCCAUGAAACUAUGAAUGGUGUUCCUAUGCAGCAUUAUAGAAAGUUCUGUCCAAAAUGAAGUAUUUCAAAAAUUGCAAAAAUCGAAAUUACUUAUGAUGAUUAGACUUCAUAAAAUAAGGAUUUUGGAAUUUCCAACUAUUGUUUUCUACAAUUCCUGCGUUGAGGCAUCACUAAUAAUGAAUAAUUGAAACACCAAUAACAAAGAAUAUAUAAAUAUUUCUUAUAAUUGGUCAAAAAUAUUUUUUUUAGAAAUUAACCUCACACGGGGUAAGAGUGCCACCCAUAUAUUUAUGAAUAAAAUUAGACAAAAAUGCAACAGAAAUUGCUUCAGUGCGCAUUUAACUCUUCGGUAAGCGUGUUUUCACCAAAUUUAACAAAACCAGCUACAUAACAUAUCAACAACAAUAGUUUUCAUUUGAUUUAAUUGGUAAACAGUUUAUUUGUUAUGUAUUGAAUAAUAUUGUAAAAUUCAAUAGUUAAAUUAAGUAAACAAAAACAACUGUUGCUAGUAUGAUUAAUAAUCAAAAGGCUAUGUUUACCAACAAGCAUUAAUCGAUUCCACUCAAUUUAAGACGCAUGAUGGCCCUUUUGCCCCAUAGGGGUUGGCACUCUUGCCCAUCGCAGUUAAAAAAAAGAAGAUUAAUUUGCAUUACAUUGCUGAUGUAUGAAGGCAACAAUAUGAAGUUGCAAUACUGUGUAGAAACUCCUAUAAAUAUCCACUAUUUGGCAUAUAUAGAACGUACCAUUUUUAAGGUGGCACUCUUGCCCCACCCGACCCUACAUAACAUAGUGUAAAAUGUUUAAUCAAAAUAUAAUUUCUAACAACUGUUGACCUAAAAUCUUCCAGUACUAUAAAUCCAAUAAAUAUAUAGGUCUCAAAAGCUAUUAAACACAUUCAAUCAAAGUGUUUCGGUACUUCAUACGUGAAGUUUUCGAUUUUCAGAGUUGGGACAACAUGCUAUACUAAUAUCAACAUGAAGCUUCAGUUCCGUAAUUUAUUAGCUAGAGAAUGUUUUGAAGAGGAUUAGAUUGAUAGUUCCGCUAGAGUUCGGUAUUGUGAAAAAUGAACUUAAGUUGAAAUUGAGUGCAGGGCCAUUGAUGUGAUAAUACUAACCCAUUAAGUGCUCUUUUGCCUAACCCAUACUUUGAUGGAUGAGGGGAUCGCUAGAACUAUUCCACAGCCGCAGAUAGUAUAUGAGCAAAUCAAACGCACACUCUUUCGCCUGUGGAUUUGACGACAUACCUCAAAUCCCCUCAUCCAUCAAAGUAUGAGUUAGUGCGCAUUUGAUUAGUAUUGUCGCAUUAAUGGCCUUUCGCUUAACUUCAACUUCUGUUCAAUUUUCACACUGCCGUACUCUAGUGGAACCAUCAAUCUAUCCUCAGACAGAACUUUCUCUGGCUAAUAAAUUAUGACACUAAAGCUUCAUGUUGAUAUUCGUGUAGCAUUUCCUCCCAAAUCUAUUAAACAUAUUUUAGAACAUAACAUGUAUUUAUGUAAUACAUUUGGUGUACUUUAACUUGCUCUUCAACCUUGGCUACAGGGUUUUGGCAUGUCAACCUUUAAAUACUAAUAUAUCCUAAAGAUUACCAAAAUCGGCCUUGACUUGGAUUUUCUCUCAACCAUAAUGGUGGUCGAUAUCAAAGUUCAUCAACACGACUCUAAACCAACAUUUUCCAGAUCAUCCAAACAGGGUCGAUAUUAAAAGUUUAUCUAAGUUGGAGCGGCGGUAAAAAGUGUCAGUCCAAACUAAGAGAUGGAAGCCUAGCAAAAGUCCGUUGCGAUUUCAUAAUGUUAUUGAAUUUGAAUAAACAUACAUACACAACUACAACAUCAAAACAUGGUGAAAGCUUUACCAUUUGAAAUCUGUCUCAUAUAAUAAAGAUGCAUACACCGUGUCCAGACAUGGAAAAUCAUUUACAUUCAUUUGCCUCUAAAUUUUUGACGUAGGACUACGUCUUUGAUUUCUAUAUGGGGGUACACUUUGUGAAAACCAAAAAUGGAACAUGUUACAAAUUAAGAAAGAUUUUGAACGUUAAUAAUUCAGCUGCCCCUGGUCCAAUUUCAAUAAUUU